AUGAUUUUCAGACAGAAUGAACAUAGUAAAAGGAAAACAGGUCCUUUAAAUUGGACAGUCAUACUGUUUUUUUUCCAGGGAGAAUAUGAAGAACUGUGUUCAAAGGUGAAUGCGAUUUCAAGUCCAAUGGCCUCUAGAAAGCUCGCCAAAAAGCUUUAUAAGCUUAUUAAGAAGAAUUGGUGGGAUUCUUACGGAUUUCAGUCAUCAGGGAAGAGGGGUAAUUUACGACAAGGGCUUGCUGAAGUCAACAAAGCUAUUCGUCACAAUGAAACUGGUAUCGUUGUUCUCGCAGGUGAUGUGAGUCCGAUUGACAUCUAUUCUCAUGUACCGGGGCUCUGUGAGAGUAGAGGUCUUUUAUAUAUCUUCACACCAUCGAAGGAGCAUCUUGGUUUAGCUACAGGUACUAACUUUUUUUCAUUGUUUUUCACAUUUUUGCAAGGAGGCAUAAGAGUGACCACACCUUGCUUCUUUUGGGUGUUUACUUUUUUUUUUUGUUUCUUGCUCAAUUGGCACAUUUUUGUUACCAACCUUUCCUUCCUUGUAACUGAUCCCUUAUUCUCAUGUAUCUGUGUUAUUUAUCUGGUCUCUUCAUUCUCGUCUUAAAC